UCGCUUACACCUCGUGAAAAUACUUGAAAAUGAGAAAGUUUUGUAAUUAGUCCACAAGCUUCAAAAUGGUCAGUUGUUUUAAUUAAGGAUAAAUCAAUUAUAUGGCCAUGGMAAACUGAUGGCACAACUAGCCAACGGGUAAUUAUGACCUUAUGAAGAGAGCUGGCAAGCUAGUGACUCUUAACCACUGCCAUACGUUGGAUUGAAGUUGUUUUCACUCAAAACAAGGAUCCUUGUAAGGGAAUGCACCGUCUUUAUGCAUUCAUUCUAUUGGUUGUGUUGCAGAACGCGUCUGCGCAUUCGGGUUCGACGGGGGAGAMCAUAGGUCGUCGCCAUGGUUACACAGCAAGGGAUAUAAUACGGGCAAUYGAAAGGGAAGUCGUGCAAGAGCAUUUAGGAAGUGCUGGUAGCUCAGGAUCUGCCAAUGAAGAACUACAUGASUCGUCAACAGAUUCUACGYCAGAAGACGUCAGCGGUUUGCCAUCGCACUCUCGCCCAGUCCAAUCCCAAUUAGAUUCCACUGUUGCAGUCGCGACACGUGGUACUGGAGAAAGACCAGCCACAAACAAUCAUCCUCCAUCUACCAAUCAAGGCGAAGGAUUCAGGCAACCAACUAUUUACCGGGGUGAAAGUGAUUAUAAAGAUAAAGAUGAUGAUGAUGAUAAUGAUGAUGAUAAUGAUGAUGAUGAAGGCAGAUCGACAUCAGAAGAAGAGAGUGAGACUGAGAACAAGAGUCCCCGGAUGGAAUUCGCUCACAUUGAAAAAGUAGCUGACGUCAUGAAGAGGCUAAAGGAAGCAAAAACCGACGAAGAAAUGGCUUCCAAGCUAAGAACAGGAACCGAGAGUCUUGGAGUUUCAUUCAAAACGUUCGAGCAACUGAGUGACUUAUGGAUAUCAAUACUACGUAGAAUAUGGAGGGUGUGGAAGGCUAAAGGAGCCAAGCAGGUCAUGCACUCGAUAGUUGAUGACAUGGUCACUAAGACUACGCAGACAGUCGAGCCAAAGAUUGGCAGCAUUGUUGAUCGCGGGCUCAAGUCCGCUUUAGCAAACAAUGCAUCUCAUCCAGCAAGCCUGGUUGAAAAWCAAACUUUUGAUACAAACACAACAGAAAACGCCCUGUACAAUAGAGAAACUGAAAAAGUUCAAAAUGUAAAUAACCCUGUAAAUAGUAAAAGUCGAAGAACAACAAGAAACUCAAAACCUACCUUCAAAAGUUCCAAGAACCAUUUCAAGAAAACGCGUGUGACGGCACCUAAAUCUAAUAAAGCUUCCAGAGGACCAAUUACCACUGUUGUAUCAUUCAUAUCUGGAAAGAAACAUUCCAGCAACAGCAGCUCAAGGAGAAAGUCCAAACAAUCAAAGAAACGAACAACAACCACUAGCUAUAUGACAUCUACUGCAAAUAAGGAAAAAGACAUCAAAACAGGACACAUAAAGCAUAAACUGGGAAAGAUAAAAGAAAGUGAAAAAGACAAGACAAAAGACGCUGCGAGGGAGACAGAUCAAAGUGAKRGUAGGAAUACCAAGACUAAAACCGUCGUCGAGGGGCCUUCUCAAGGCGAUUCCGUAAAAAAGGAACUGGUAGCUCAGGACCGAGAACCUAUGAACUCGGCUGCGCCUGGUGUUAUUGAUCGAAUUGGAGGUAAAUACACUACACAUAGAGAAUAACGAAUUUAACAUAUCAAGAAGAGCGAU